AUGCGAAGGCAAUAUGAAUUACUGCAGAUGGGAGGAGAUGAAAAGAUUGCAGGCUAUGUGUCGAAGGUGCAGAAUCUCGUCCAUCUCAUGAAGGAUCGUGCUAUUCAAGAAUCCAACAAUAUUGAAACCAUGAAACUAGAAGAUUUGGUUGGUUCGUUGGAGGCAAAUGAGAUUAGGAUUGUCGAAAGGAAAUGGGUUCAAGAUUCGUUACAAGCACUGCAGGCUCAGGCAUGGAAGAAGCAUGGUGGUUCCAACAAAUUCAAAGGCAAAAGAGACAAGACUCUGAGCAAUAAGUCAUGGUUGAAUCCUCAAAAGCGUAAGGUCGAUGAUAGGGCUUCCGAAUCCUUGAAAAGAGGAGAAGGAAACUCUUAUCAGAAAGACAAAGAGAAAAAAAGUGUGCAGUGCUAUAACUGUGAAAAGUUGGGUCACUUGGCCAAGAAUUAUUUUGCAGAUAACCAUGCCGACUCCAAGAUCCGGUUCCUCGACUUGGACUGUUGGAAUCACAUGACUAGUCAAAAAGUAUGGUUAGUAGAUUUCGACUUAUCGAAGAAGAGCAAGGUCAAUCUUGUUGAUGAUAGCUCGUUGCAAGUAGAAGGUACUGGCAACAUAGUUAUUCAAAGGAACAAUGGAGGAAAAGCUAUGAUGAAAUAUGUACUCAAUGUACAUGGAAUAAAGUGCAAUAUGCUAAGUGUUGAACAACUGGUCAAAAAAGGUUUCUCAGUGAUUAUGAAAGAUGGAGCCUUGGAACUGUUUGACAUUCAGAAUAAUUUGGUCUUGAAAUAUCCUUUGUCAAAUAAUAAGACAUUCAAGACCAUGAUCAGUUCGACUGAAGUAUAA